GUCAGCCGUGCGUGUGUGUGUGAAGACGGGCUGUGUUUGGAACGGUUCAGCGGUAUGUUACAGUCCAGUCUGGUUCAGCUUUUAAACGGCUGCGAUGCAACAAAAAUCGAUAUUCAUACAAUACCGGUCCUCGAGAAGAGUGCGGAGAUCCAGUCUGUCAGUGGAGGAGAAGGAGCAGAGGAGAACACCUCACCCUUCAGAUUCACACCUCACACAAUCCGAUUAGACAAAGAUGAUGGGUUUUUUGAAGAUGGCGAUGUGCACCGGCAUUUAUACCUGCAGGAUCUCGUAACAGCUCUUGCGGAUGAGACCCAGGCGCCUAAUGUUUCAGAGUUCAGGUGUCACAUUGCAGGCUGUAAGCAGUUAUUUGACACUCUUGAGGGAUAUGAGCACCACUACAAUUCACUCCAUCGUCAUGUAUGUUCCAACUGCAAGCGCUCUUUUCCAUCAAACCAUCUACUGGACAUACACAUCCUGGAAUGGCAUGAUUCCCUCUUUCAGGUCAUGGCAGAGAAACAGUGCAUGUAUCAGUGCUUGGUCGAGGGAUGUGGACUGAAAUUCCGGACCAGCAAAGAGAGGAAAGAUCAUCUGAUCACAGUCCACAGCUAUCCAUCAGACUUCAGAUUUGACAGAACUAAGAAGAGCAAAAGCAGAACAAAAGAGAAAAAGACUCUUAAGCAGAGGGAAGUUUGUAUGGUGGUCUCUGGCAGUGCAGUUAAUCAGCAUGGAGAACCAGAAAAUAGUGAGGCGAUGGAUGUUUCGCUGCCCCAAGAGUCAGAGAGGCAGGAGCUUGUGCCUCCUGAGCAGCAAAAACCACGUUACUCAUAUAAAGUGCCAUCCUCGAUUUGCUUUGGCCAGGGCUCAGUAAGAGGCUUUAGAGGUGGAAGAAAGAAGAAGUAGGCCAGACCUUUUAUUUAUUACUUAAGCACAUUAUAUUAUAUGAUGUGAUGAUGUGUGCUCAGAGUGAUGGCAGUAUUUUUACAAUAAAAUUAGCCAAAAAACACA